GAAUUAUUGGUAAAGCUAGUAAGGCUGUUGUCUUUAGUGAAUUAAAUUUGUAUUGCUGCUGAUUUCAACAAUUUUUUUAACAUAAAAUGAUUCCACGAGUUAGCAAAGCUGUACAAUCAAAUCAUGUUUUAGUGAAAGAAGUCAAAAAUGCAGCUAUUGUUACACUUAAUCGUCCUGAGAAGAUGAACACAUUCACACCAUGGAUGCCAAAGCAGAUCUACAAUACCUUAAAGGACCUCGAAUCAUCCAACAAUAAGCUUGUAGUCAUUCAAGGUGCUGGAAAUCGUGCUUUUUGUGCUGGCAUUGAUUUAGGUGAGUUCUUAAAGAACAAGACAACAGAUUCAGUAAUGGAUAUCCAGAUCUAUGCAUCAAAUUCGAUGGACUUGAUAUCAAGCUAUAAGAAACCUUAUGUAGCACUUUUGGAUAAGAUUGUCAUGGGCGGUGGCUGUUUUUUCUCAAUGUCCUCAAAAUAUAGAAUUGCAACAGAACGGACAACUUUUGCGAUGCCAGAGACUGAAAUUGGACUUUUUACUAAUGCUGGUGCAAGCUACUUCCUUCCGAGACUUAAAAACAAUCUUGGAUACUAUAUUGGACUUGCUGGUUCUGUGGUUGAGUGUCAGGACGACCAUGAAGUUGAGAAAGCAAUUCUACAGUUUUCAACGGAACCGAUUUGCAAAGACACUGAGCUUGAUGAGAUUCUACCAAAGAUUGAUAAGUGCUUUAAUGCUGACUCAGUUGAAGAAAUCAUGGACAAUUUAAAUGUAGAAGGAAGUGAUUGGGCAAAGCAAGUAGCAAAGAAGCUGAACCGAAUGUCACCAACAAGUGUGAAGAUAUGUCAUAGACUUAUUAAAUUGGGAAGCAACCUGACUUUGCAGGAAGGAUUGACAGUUGAACAUAUUUUGGCAUAUAACAUUGGUCUGAGGUAUUCACAUGAUUUUCAGGAAGGUAUCCGUGCAUUGAUUAUUGACAAAGACAUGAAACCUCAAUGGAAUCCAAAGACUUUAAAGGAUGUGACUCAGGAGCAUGUGGACAUGUUUUUUGGACCAUUACCUGAUGAUAUGGAACUGACAUUUAAAAGUAAUGUCAAAAAGUCAAAAUCUUGA